UUCGAGCGCGUCAAGCCCGUCGGCCGCGGCACCUUCGGCCCCAUCUACUGCGUCGCGCACAAGGCCACGGGCAAGCUCUUCGCCGUCAAGGCCAUGUCCAAGUACAUCGGCAAAGCGCUGCGCCGCGAGCACAACGUCGUCAUGGAGAAGGUCUGCCUCAAAUUGCUGACGGCGUCGCGGUUCUGCAUCACGCUGCACUUCGCGUUCCAGACGCCCGAGCACGCGUGCGUCGUCGUGCCCUACUACGCCGGCGGCACGCUCGAGAUGCUGCUGCGGCGCGCGCCGCGCGUCGGCGGGCGGCGGACCUUGGGCGAGGCGGGCGCGCGCUACCACGUCGCCCGCGUCGCGUUCGCGCUGCGCGACGUGCACCAGAAGGGGCUCAUCCACCGCGACGUCAAGCCGGCGAACGUGCUGCUGGACGGCCAGGGCCGGUCCUUCCUCGGCGACUUCGGCGUGGCGGCGGUCGCCGACGCGGGCCGCGCGGGCGAGCACGCGGGCGCCGCGCGGCCGCGGGGCCGGAACGGCACCGUGGGCUACAUGGCGCCGGAGGUCUGCGCGGGCGGCGCGCGGCAGACGCCCGCCGUCGACUUCUUUUCCCUGGGCUGCGUGCUCUACGAGCUGCUCUACGGCCGGUGCCCCUUCCGCGGCGCCGCGGCGAAGGAGUUCCGCGGCGGCGACGACCCGAAGGAGAACAUGAUGCUCGCGACGCGAUUCAUGGACCCGACCUUCGAAGCGAAGCCGCCGUUCGAACCGUCGGAGGUCGCGAGGGACCUCGUCCGCGGCUUGCUGGCCAAGGACCCGGCGCGGCGCCUCGGCUCCAUGGCCGGCGCCCUCGAGGUGCUGGCCCACGGCUGGUUCCAG